CUAAAUUGAACACAGGAUACAAAAUUCCGGUGAGAAAGUUAGAUCAUUUUACAUAUAAAUAUUGUUUUAUUGGCAGCCAAAUAGUGGACAUAAGUAGGUCAGUUCAUGUAUAGCUGUACAUAUUGUAACCACAUAAAUAGCCUGUAUAUAUUGAAAACUGCUGUGUAAUAGUGCAUGACCAUAGUGGCCAGGCCAAAGUAUGGGAAUAUCUGUUGAGCAAUGGAGAGCUUGCAUUGGGGUCGGAGCUCCCGGGAGAACAAAACUAUCGAAUCACGCAUAUCAGACUCUCAAGUUUCAUGGUUCAACUGCAUUCACGUUAAUAAAAUUGCUACUCGUGGUUAGCGUGCUGCUUCAGUGCUCCGGAGAUGUGGAAAUGAAUCCAGGCCCUAGGGCAGGGUCAAAAUCAUCGGACAUGACAAAUGAGGAAUUAUGGUCAAAAAUUGAAAAUCGCUUCACAACUUUAGAUAAUCGUUUUGAUAGUAUGGAGACUAGGUUAAGUGAUCUAGAAAACAAAGUUACUGAGUUGAAAGGAGAAGCUGAACAAAGUAAGAAAUGCAUUAAUAAACUCGAGAA